UUCUUCAACACCUGCAUCCGCCUCACACUCACACACUCCCUUUUCAUGCGCUAUUCCCCCCUUUUCCCCACGCGCCGCGGCCGCCCCCUCAGAAUCGUCUCGGGGAGAUGCGGGUGCAGGACUGGACAAUAUGUUUAGGGACGCCAAACUGUUCGAGAAGCUGGAAGCGAAUGAGAGCACCAAGCGCAUGCUCGCUGAUCCUUCCUUUGUGUCCAAGCUGAAAGAGCUCCAAUCCGGCAGGGGUAGUCCUCAAGAUGCCUUUAGCGACUCUCGCAUGGUGGAAGUGAUGGGCGUCUUGAUGGGCAUUGAUCUCAAAGCUUUUCAAAGACCCGAAGGUUCCAACGAAGGUCCCGAGGAGCUUCAACGUCGACGCGAUAGGGAAGAAGCUGAGCAGGAGGCUCAAAGGGAGAACGAGAAGCGCAGAGCGACAAAGGCUGCGCAGGAUAAGAAGAUUGCUGAAGAGGAAGCCGCUGCGGCGGCGGCAGCCGCUGCUGCACCCAUCGACAGCGAGGAAGCCAAGGCGAAAAAGGCCGCAGAUGAGGCCAAGGCUAGGGGAUCGGCAUUGUACCUCAAGAGGCAAUUUGUCGACGCCAUCGCGGAGUUCAAGCAGGCUUGGGAACUCCACAAGGAUGUCAGCUACUUGACCAACCUUGCUGCCUGUCAGUACGAAAAGGCCAGCUACGACGAGGCCAUCGCGACGUGUCAAGAAGCCAUCGAGGCGUCUAGAGAGUACAAGACGGACUACAAGCUCAUUGCCAAAGCUUACACACGCAUCGGCAAUUCUUACCUCAAAAAGGAAGAUUUGCAGAAUGCCAUCAAGUUCUUCGAAAAGAGCUUGACGGAACACAGGACGGCGGAUACGCUCGCUAAGCUGCAAUCUACGGAGAAGCUGCUAAAGGAAAAGGAGAAGCAAGCGUACAUCGACCCGUCCAAGGCAGAGGAGGAACGCGCGCGGGGCAAUGAGCUGUUCAAGAAGGGAGACUUUGCUGGAUCCGUUGCUGCUUACGUGAGUUGGAGGUGGAGAGGUCGCCUUUCUUUCUCCCUCUCAGACAGCCACCCUGCGUCGACGCCUUGCACGGCUGACCCUCACAUAUCCUUGUGGCGCUCUCCCUUCUCAGACCGAAUCGAUCAAGCGAAACCCCUCGGAUUCGCGCGGGUACACCAACAGAGCCUCUUCUUACCUUCGCUUGAUGGCCUUUCCGGAAGCUCUCAAGGACGGCGACAGCGCGCUAUCUCUCGAGCCCAACUCCGUCAAGGCGCACCUGCGCAAAGCGUCGGCUCAACUGGGCAUGAAGCAGUACAACAAGGCGCUCGAAGAGGUUUCCAAAGCAUCAGAGUUUGAUCAGGGAGAAGGAGGGACGAGAAAACAUGAGAGGGAGAUCAAUGAGUUGGAGAGCAAGAUUAGCAGAGCUAUAUAUGAGCAGAGAGCUAACGAGACGGAAGAGGAGACGCUGGCUAGAGCGCAAAACGACCCGGAGGUGCAGAGCAUCUUGCAGGAUCCCGUGAUGAGAUCGGUGCUUGAUCAAGCUCAAAGCAACGUGAGUUCGACGCGGCGCGGAUAAGCUUCACAGAUCGACGUACGCGAACUGGAGCUGACAAGGUGCGUAACUCUCCACCUCGAACUCUUUUCUACGUUUCGCAGCCGGCCGCUCUGCAAGAACACAUGCGCAAUCCCAACAUUGCGAGGAAAAUUCAGACGCUGGUCAAUGCUGGUAUCAUCAAGAUGGGC